CUCAGGCCGACCCUUGCUGCGCCACCCAUUUCUGGACGUUCGUCGCGACGCCGGCGGCGCCGUUUUUGGCCUUUUUCCUUACCCGCCAUUGCCAACAUCAUUGCCAUCGCUUCGACAGACAUACACAUACAGAACCUCCGCCGGCGAUAUUCGGGCUCAGGACCUCCUAGGCUUGAGGUUCCCAGUAAACAACACUCAAUUUGAAUCACAGGCUGCUGAGUAAUAUGGAUUUUAGUGACGAAGGACAAAACGGCUUGCAACAGGACCUUGGGCAGCCGGAGCGGGACGAAGGGGGAGAAAGUAGGAAGCCGAGCCCGGGGGCAGCGGUGAGGGGGGCAGCGGUGAGGCCAGGGGCAGUGAGGGUUUUGAAGCAAGGGAAGCAGUAUCGAUACAGCGCGGGUUGUAUUGACUGCCGGUUGAAGAGCUCUUCUCGCUUCUAUCGUGCGCCGUGGCCGGUUUUGGCUCGGGCAGAGGCAAUGGGGAGGGAUUUCUUCUUCGGCGAGGGAGCAACGCAGGCAAUUGUUUGUGGGGCAUGUUGGACGGCUUGGAGGCGAGUGGGGGUGUUUCAACAUGAGGAGGGCCUGGGGGCCAACAUCAUGCCAACGACCGCCCUUCCGCCGGUAGCCUCGUGCGGGUGCCCAGAGACAUUUAUUGGACCAGAGGGCAUAUGUCGGAACUGCCAGGGUAUGUUCAUCAAAAUUAGUACGGACACAAUGGCGUGGUUUGCACGCAAUAUGGACGUUACGACGGGCGAGGCGUAAUUUUAGUAUUAGAACCUAUGAGUUUUGACUGGGGGUGCAGAAAACGGCGAGACGCAUAAUAGUGUCAGUUGCUGUCAAACCACGGCGUCCUGAGGUGGGAAUCGAUUUAGUCGACGGUAGCCAGCAAAAACGCG